UUCUCCACAGGACAGCAAUUGCAAAGCUCUUUCAAUGAUAUAGGUUUGACAUUUAAUUGAAGUAUCUGAAAAUUGUUCGUUGUUUUUCUCGACGUGUGAAAUACGUGACAAUCGAUUUCAGAAGACGCUUGUCUUGACAAAACAUAACAGAAAAUCUGAGGAAAUGCUAUUAAAAUGACAAAUGUCGCAAAUCGAUUCGGUUAUUUGGACUAUCUGAAAAUUUCUUCUGUAAUGUAGCUCUGCAAUUAGUGCUUAUUUUCUAUUUCUUUUGUGUGUUAACCAGAGUAAAGGAGAUAUAAACGAGAUUGGAUGAAUGUUACUCGCAAUUGCUACAAGAUAUUUACAUUAGCAGCAAUUCACUGGCGUAUUUUGAUUGUCGCAAGAACGUGUCAAUUUCCGACUACGUAAGGCAACAGUUUAUUUUGAAUGAAAGUGCUGAUUUUUUUUCAGAAAAAUAGCCGAGGAAUUGUGUCCAAUUAUUUUGCACCGUGUAAACGAAGGUUUAUCUUAUAUUACACGCAUCAGAAGAGGAUUGAAUUUCCAGACAGCAAAAAUGGUGGAUCAUAAUGCCUUUCCUCGAGAACCUCACUGAUAUUUACUACGACAUAGAAGAUACAGAAGAAAUGGAGGAACCAGAAAGCGUUCGACACGUUGCUAUGGGGAUGCUUGGAUUCCUGUCCAUAUCUGGCAUCAUUGGCAAUGCCUUAGUGCUUUAUGUCUUUACAAGACAGAAGCAAAAACUAAGUUCGACUAUAUUUAUUCUUACGCUGGCUGGAACAGAUCUGAUUACGUCACUUGUCACGAUGCCUUACACCAUUGUUAUGGAACUGCUUCACUACACUGUUGACCAUGACGCUGUCUGUAAGGUGUUUCAGUUGUUAACGACAACUACCAUCCCAUUUUCAGCUUCCGUCAUGGUUGCUAUAGCAGUCGAUCGAUACCUGUGUAUUGUCCAUCCCUUCAAACAUACGAUGACGAUCAAAAGAGCCAAGAUAACAGUAGUUCUGCUUGCCAUUUUCUCGACAUGUCUUGGACUUCCGAGUUCACUCAUGUAUGGAGUCAACAAAAGGGAAAUUUACACACCUGCUUAUCUCAACGAUGUACUGCGAAUGCACAACAUAAGUGGACACCAACAGGCGAUUUUGUUUGAAAGUUCAACAAAGAACUCCAUCGCGUACUACGAUGAAGAAACAAGCGAAUUGAACCGCACGCUGAGAAGUCUUUUCUCGAACGACACCGUAACUCAGACCUACACCUAUAUUCACAACACUGGUAAAUGUCAUAAGAACGGACUGAUUGUAGACAUGUCGUUUUUCAAUGUCUAUCAGAAGGUUUACUCCUCUUACUUCGCUGUGUGUGCUGUCAUCGUAAUCGUCCUGUACUUCAUCAUCUACCGAUCAGUUCUUACCCGACGACGUAGAAGAUUCCACUUAACGACAAGUUGCUGCGUAUUCCUUUCGCCAGGACAAAAUGUAGAAAACAAUGAACAUGAACAGACAGAGUUUACAAUGCUUAACAACAAGGACAAGUCGCCGUCUAACACAUCGAACAAGAAGUUUAAUGAAGAAUCAUUUAAGAAUGAGCCGAAAGGUCAGGACGACAAAAACGGAAACACAGCUGAAAAACAGGAUGCAAAUGCUGAUAAAGAAUCCCUUAUGAGACCCAGUGGCGUAUCAAGAGCAAAGAUGGAAAAGUUGAGGAUGGCAAACAUUAAAACAGCACUAAUGCUGUCCAUAGUAGCCCUCACAUACAUAAUAGCAUUUCUGCCCGCAUGGCUCAUGGCAUUGCGUAUUAUACCAAUGAACUCAAUUGUGUUUUUUAUGUAUUUUACAUACAAUGUAGCCAAUCCCAUAAUUUAUGCAUUCUUGAAUCAAAGUUUUCGAAAUCAUCUCCAAACGCUGUUUAAAUGUAAACAGUAAAUCACUGAGGUGCUUGUCCCUGGUCUGUGCAAUAUAGACAUAACAGUUACGCUACCGCAUGUAAUUGGGUAUAUUUUGAUAUAAAAAAAAUGGAACAAGCAGUGGUUAUCAGUUACUCGUGUAACUGAAGGACAUGUCAAACGGAAAUGUGUAUGACAUGACAAUAUAUAUG